AUGUUAUUGUUUAUUUCUGAUAUUAAAAAACGGUUUAAUCUUGAGUGGGAUUCAGAAAGCAGAGUUUCUGCUCGACAAAUCGCGUCAUUCUUGGAUCCAAGAUAUAAAAAUUUGGAUCAUGAACCCAUAAUUGCACGAAAAAGCAUUCGAUCAUCCGUUAUCAAUUUAUUAAAUAAUACUGAAAUUGAUGCACAUAAUGUAAAUACACGACGCCAACCAUCACUUCAUAAAAGUGCACUCGAGUUCAUCUUCGGUGAUGAUGUCACCGAAGUCAACGAUUUGACGACCGAGUUUCAAAAUUAUUUAGCUGAACCUCAAUUAAAGUUCGAUUUGAAUCCAUUUGAUUGGUGGAAAUCUAGAGAAGAUAAAUAUCCAGGAAUCGGAAUACUGGCAAAAAAAUAUUUAUCAAUACCCGCCACAUCAGUGAGUUCCGAACGAUGUUUUUCCACAGCUGGUAACGUGGUAAAUUCAAAAAGAACAUCAUUAUUAACAAAAAAUGUUAAUUUAUUGGUUUUCUUAUACCAAAAUCGAAAUUUAAUACCAUAA